GUGGUCAUAGGUCAUGACAUGAUGUGAAGUUCGUUAACUUUCAAAAAUUUUUUAAAUAUUCGAAAUAUAAGCAAUCUCGGUCGUGCUACUUGGAGGUGAAUAAACAAUAAACUAAUGAGAGUUUCCCUUCUUUGCGCUAAUUGAUAUUGUUAUUCACAUUGGGAAAUAUGAGUAAAAUAAAAACAGAAGCAGAUGCUCUGGUUGACCUCAUCAAGAUUUUAUGGCCCCAAUUCCAAAUAACGAGGGACAAUAUUUUGCAUCCCACUUCAGAUCUAGCAGUACGUUUCUACACUGAGUUCAUCACCCAUUGUCAGGAAAGAUUGCAUCUUUUAGUGGGGUCAUCUCUAAGGAUAAUGGAAUCCAGUACUGAUUUAGAUAUUGAAGAAAGAGUUUUUCAAAUGAUGUCAAAGAUGUCAAACUUAUUUGAGAAAGCAGAGAUGACCUUCUUACUUGGGGAUAUUUAUGAACCUACAGUAGUGAGGAACAAAACAUUUUUCAGAAUUUGCAUACAUAUUGUCCAGUACUAUGAUCAUAUUCAUGAUGAAGUUGAAAGAUUAGGACAUGAUAUUUUCAAAAUGAAAGAGGAUGGGAGCAGGUUGAAAGAGCAACUGGAACAUCUGCUAGUGAAUAUCAAUGAAACUGUAACAAGAAAGUCAGAUCUGUUUAUGACAGUUCAGAAACUUUCUAAUGAUCUCAAAAGUGCCAAGGAAGCCCAUGAUGAUAACAUAGAAACAAAUCUUCAAAAAAGGAGCAUUCUGGUAGAUAAAAGAAAGCAGAUAGAGAUGUUGAAAUGUGAGCUUCAAAAGGUAGAAUAUGAUUUGGUAGUAUUAGAACGGCAAGAGCAAGAGCUGAAGGAGCAAACAAUCACUGAAGAAGAACAUAAAAAUUUACUGCAGAUGCUAGAUAACUUGGAAAAUGAAAUUAAAAUGCUUGGGAGUGAUGAUGUCCACAUGACAGAUUUUUUGAUGCAAGAUAAUGAUGUUUUGAGACAUUAUGAAAUGUGUAACAAAUGGGUCCCAGAUGUUUCUGAUUUCAUAAUAGGAAACAUUGAGCAAGUGAUUGAAUUGGAGGACAAACUCUAUGAUUUACAGUUGACCACAGAAACCAUGUUGAAUACAAAAUGUUCUCCUACAAGGCAGUUUGUUUUGCAGAGAAAGAAGCAACUAGAAGAGAUAAUAGAAAGGCUUUCAUAUUCUCAGGCACAACUCGAUUUACAACAAAAAAAAAUAUCCAGAGAAAAAGAAAAUCUAUUAAGUCAGGUCAGGCAAUUCAAAGAUGAUAGUGUAGGAAUAGUAUCAAGAUUGAAUGCUAGCAUUUCUGAGUAUAAUGAAAAAAUUUAUAUCUUGAAUAUAAAAAUAGAGAGAAUGAAAAAAGCAUUCCAAGAUGAGUAUGAAAGAGUUGGUAAUGCUGAGAAACAAGUCAUGGAUAAGUUUUUUGAUUGGUUAGAAGAGCAUGGUAAUUCACAAUGAAACUGUUUCGCAUUUAGA